AAAGGUCUCGACACAGAGAACGUACAUUGUGACUGCAUCAUUGAUCAACUUUUUGCAAUUAUUAAUAGAAUAGAAUAGAUUUUUUUGUUGGCCAAGUGUGAUUGGACACACAAGGAAUUUGUCUUUGGUGCAUAGGCUCUCAAUGUACAUAAAGAGACAAGAUACAUCCGUCAAGAAUCAUAAGGUACAACACUUGAUGAUAGUCAUAGGGUACGAAUCUCUGAUCUAUGCAACUGUAAACGACGCUAUAGAGCACUGCACAUCAGAAGAACUAGACACAAGAACAGUUUUUUCCCGAACGCCAUCACUCUGCUAAAUAAAUACUUCCCUCAACACUGUCAAACUAUUUACUAAAUCUGCACUAUUAAACUUCUCAUCAUACCCAUCUCCUUCCAUUUAUGACUGUAACUUUGUUGCUUGUAUCCAUACGAUUUAUACUGAUAUUGUUUCCUUAUUGCUUAAUUGUAGCCUAUGACUAUUAUUAAGUGUUGAAAGUGUUGUACUUUGAUGAAGGUAUCUUUUCUUUUUUUCUUUUUUUAAAAAUCUUUUUAAAUUCCUUGUGUGUCCAAUCACACUUGGCCAAUAAAAAAAUUCAAUUCAAUUCAAUUCAAUUCAAUGGUAUCUUUUCUUUUAUGUGCACUGAGAGCAUAUGCACCAAGACAAAUUCCUUGUGUUUCCAACCACGCUUGGCCAAUAAAAAAUUCUAUUCUUUCUAUUCUAUUCUAAAGCGCUACACAAAUCCAACUGCGAUUGCUAGGAAAGUUGCAAUCCUAUACCCACGUGGGAUCGUCCUGGUUUAUGAUUCAGUUGACAAGCCUAACAUUGCACCGUUGAGGUUUGAUUUUUUUUCCCCAAGCUUGGCAACAUCUUAAAAGUUUACAUCGGCUUAAGUGCUUUCCAUAAAGCGCAGCACUGAUUGCUGACUUUUUAUUUGCAGUGAAUAGAUAUUUUAUAGACGCUGCAUUUUAUAGAACUUACGCAUUUAUUACAAAUAAUUGUCUCCCAGAUCGCACUUUCCCGGAACUGGAAACGAUUGCUCUGAAUAAUAUUUAUUGACGUUGCUUCCAAUUAAUCUAAAGAAGACGUCGCCGUGGACUGCUACAGGACUGUGCGCGAGAACUGUUCCCACUUACAAAGAACUAACUACAACUCCCGAGAGCCACCGCGAGGUCUAGGAGAACGUUAGCCCGGGCGGCUCGAGCGCGCGAGGUUCUUUUUGCUGGGUUUCCGGGGCUGCGGCAAAUUUAACUAGAUCAACAAAGCCGAGCAAGGCAAGGCGCGGGAAAGCGAAAGCCGAAGGAUCGGAGAUCCCCGUUCUUCAUGCAUCAUCUUUUUGAGCAUCAUGCACAGGAGACAUCUUCAGGAAAUUCCAGAUUUGGGGAGCAACAUCACUACAAGUGUCCCAUGGACCUGGCAUCCCAGCAAGACUUCAGAUCUCCUCGCAGGCAUGGGAGUGUCUGCUCUUAAACUGGACAGUGAGAACACUCCCCAGGAUCUGUUGAUGUGUGUGGGUCCACCCACCAAGCGGCAGAAAGUAAGGGAAAGCAAAUUUCUGGUUAUCCACCAGCCUAGACUGCUUCAAGAGAUAGUAGCAGGUACUGGUAUUUCUUGGGAUACUUUGCCAGAUGAGCUGCUGUUAGGAAUCUUUUCCUAUCUAAACUUGAUCGAUUUGCUGAAAGUUUCCCAGGUUUGUCAGAGAUGGCAUCGCCUUUCGCUUGAUGAGUCACUCUGGCAAAGUCUUGAUCUUGCAGGUAAAAAUCUUUUGCCAGGAAUGAUUGGCCAAUUGUUGCCCUUGGGAGUGAUCACCUUCCGCUGUCCAAGGUCCUGCAUUGGAGCACCUUUGUUUAAAACAAGCAGGGCUCUUUGUGUGCAACAUCUGGAUUUAUCAAAUUGUACAAUAAAUGUUAUAGAUCUAGUGAGUAUCCUUGGCAGAUGCCAGAGUCUGCAGAAUCUCAGCUUAGAAGGUCUCGUACUUUCUUCUGAUAUUGUUAGAAGUAUAGCACAAAACCCCAACUUGGUCCGACUAAACUUAUCUGGAUGUUCUGGAUUCUCUGCAGAUACGGUGGAAGUGUUGUUGAAAAGCUGUCCAAGGUUAAAAGAAUUGAAUUUAGGCUGGUGUGACUUCACAGCUGAGCAUUUGAAGAUUGUAGUCAGUCAUGUCCCUUCCAAGCUAUUGCAGUUGAACCUUAGUGGAUAUAGGCAGAAUCUCCUGAUGCCAGAUGUUAAAACAUUACUAGAGAGAUGCUCUGGUCUAAUCCAUUUAGAUUUAAGUGACAGUGUUAUGUUGAAGCCUGAAUGCUUUGCCUGCUUCCACCAACUCAAACACCUUGAGCACUUAAGUCUUAGUCGAUGCUAUCAAAUACCUCCCUCUGCUUUACUUGAACUUGGUGAAAUUGCUACGCUUAAAACGUUGCAAGUUUUUGGAAUAGUGACUGCCAAUUCCCUACAGCUCUUAAAGGCAACGCUUCCUAAUAUAAAGAUCAAUACCUCCUAUUUUUCACCUAUCGCAAGGCCCACCAUUGGCUGCAAAAAGAACCAAGAGAUUUGGGGAAUCCAAUGCAGACUGAACUUGAGAAAUCUGGCUGGGGUUUAAUUAAUCUCGAAAGACUCUGACUUCUACCAACAGCAAUAUGAAUUCUUCAAGUCUUCACUGUGGAGUUCAUUUUAACCUCACAAUUUGCAGUUAUUGACCUGGUUUUAUCAGUUGAUGAUCAAAUGCUAUCAAGUAUUUUAACAGUAGUUGUGUGUUUUUUUUAAUGUUCUACGAUUUAUACUGAGGCCUAGCCAAGAAACGCUAAUCACGCACAAAUAGUUGCCAUGCAAUAUGCAAGCUCUCCUUGUAGAAAUAUAUAUUUUUUAAAAAGUAGCUCUAGUUAAUAAAACUUAUCCAAAUGUUUGUAUUCUCUUGUUUUAUCCAUGCCAGUUGUUGGGAAUAGGGUGUAUUUGUGCUGAUAUACUUAAGAUUCUGGCCUUUAUCUCACAACUCUUGGAAACAACAUCCUAGUUUAAUUCUCUUUUUAGAUCACAGCCCUGGAAUUUCUUGUUGUCUCAUCUCUCAAUACUCACUGAGUACAACCAACAUGACUACAUGUUGCUAAUUGAUACAGAUUCCUUACAAUAGCAUUUGGGAUGAAUUUCCAUCACUAAGUGAUGUUAUUGUACAGCACAAUGUCACAUGAUUGCAUUGCUUGGCAAUGGUGACCCCUGCAGACCCUAUUGCCUCUUUUAAGUGAGGAUUGUGGUUCAUUAAGUGAGCACCUCUUGUAACUUCCUGCCAGCUUCUCACAAGCAAAGUCAGUGGGGUAGUUGGCAGGAAGGGGUAAGUCCCAGGGGAAUCACAAGCAGACUGGCUGACAGGGUAAGUGGCUGCUGCUAAGUGAGAUAGGGAGUGGGGUAAUAUGUGGAUGGCUGGGGAGGCACAGCACAAGCAGAGUUAUUCAGCAAAGCUUGAUUCGAAUACAGAGGAGCUGGGGGAAAGUGGGUAUACUUCCUGGAAUAACUUGCAACAUUCUAUGCUGGCUUCCCCACUGAAUUUACUUGUGAGAAGCCAGCAGUGAAAGUGCAAAUUGCAAUCAUGUUAUUGCACGACACCACAAGAAGUUGGUUGCCAAGGACCUAGAUCACGAUCACCUGACAGCAGGGCUAGUAGGAUGGCUGAUCAUUUGUUCAAUACCAUUUUAAGUUCAGACAAUGAACAGGUAAUAGAGGACUAUCCAUACUACAUACAGGAGUGUAAAUAAAAAAAAUAAAGGCAGAAUACAAAUACAUCUUAAUCCUGCUGUUAUUGACCAUCUUGUCAAAACAUUAAAAAUACAACCAAACCAUAAAAAUGUGUUUUUCAAAGUCUGCAUAUUUCCCUGCACAACUAAUUUUUUUUCUGCUGAGAAGGUAAGUAGCAAGAUAAAGUGUUUAGUUAAAAUAUAACUAAAUUGUCCUUAAAAGGGAAAACCAAUAAGGGAAAUCCAAGGAGCAAAACGUAAUUGCAACCUGAUUUUUUUCAUAAGGUAUUAAUUUUGCUACAUGAAAGACUCAAAGGGGAAAUAUAGUUGCAUUAAUUCUAAAUGCACUAUAAUAUAUGAGAAAUUACUAUGAAGUAUCAUUUUUCUAAUUCUCUUGUGGCCCUAACAGUACAAUAUUUAAGAAGAAUAUUAAGUCCUAUUACAGGGGUGUCCAAACUUGGCCCCUUGAAGAGUGGUGGACUUCAUCUCCCAGACUUCCCCAGCCAGCAUGAGCUAGAAAUAUAAGCAAGUUGCUGGCUCAGGAAUUCUGGGAGUUGAAGUCCAUCACUCUUCAAGGGGCCAAGUUUGGACAUCCCUGUCCUAUUAUCUACAAGAUUUUAUAAAGAUGUGGACAGAUUAUGUAAUAUUUUAGAUUAACAUUCUAAAAUAUAUUUCCUGUUAUGGUAAAUGUUAAUGACAUACAAACCAGUUAAAAAAAUCAAGAAAAAUUCAUUUUAUUUACUAACCACAGCAUACAUUAUUUUAAAUAAAACAAUUUUGAAAAAAGGCAUAGUUGUAUUGAGUUUAAUUUGUGCACAUUCAACUAUUUGACACAGCAAUAUUUGCUAUUUAAAGAAAUUCUGGCUUAAAGGCAUGUUCUUAAGAUAAUUC